AUGACGUCACACCUGUCUACCUGUCGGCCUUCCACAGUCGUACGAGUCGAGGCAGCAGCGCCAGCGCAUAAUCAGUGCAAGAAUGCGCGAGAAGAGGCCAAUUCAUCUUCUGUUUCUUGCCGAAUGCAACAAGAACAACUGACUAACGGAGUGGUCGCGCGUGAUUUCCUUCAUAUUUCCGGUGGUGCGAUACAGAAUAGGCAUUUCUAUUCACUUCCUGGAGGAAUUAUGGGGAUACUCUCACCAUGGACGUACCAGAAGGUCGCAGCUAAGAUGAUACUCUCCCUCCUCCUCCUCCACAUAGCUACCAUCCAAGCACUACCCCAAGGUGCCCCAACCACCGUCUGUCAAACGCUGAGGCCCUACCACGGAGGAGGCAUCCCCGCCCAAGCCGGCCUACCACCCUACUCCAUAGCCCCCAGGUUGCAAGGCGCAGGCGUCCAAGUAUCUGUGGGGUCCAACCUCGGGGUGAGGUUCCAAGGGUUCAUGCUGCAGGCUAGAACGCAAGCAGGAGAGGUGUUGGGGUCCUUCCAGGUCCCGUCAGGAACGGAGGGACAUACGAUAGACUGCGCAGAACCUGGGGAUACCUUGACGCAUAACAGUCCCAGUGAUAAAGACCUGCUGUCCGUCAUUUGGGUGCCCCCGCAAGGGUACGAAGGACCAGUAGUCUUCAACUCUACUGUGGCUCAGAACUACAACACAUUCUGGGUAGGAAUAGAAUCUCCAACAAUCCAGAUAUCCAAGCGAGAUACAGCUCAGAAUGGCUUCGCUCGAGACCCCUUUUACCGAGGAUGUCGAACCAACAAGUACUGUUUUGGUGCUCCAGCAGGCUGUAUAGACUCGGAGAACUGUCAGGCAGCAGUUGCAGUAUCCGUGAACGAUGGAAACUUUGACUUCGAAAUGAAGGCCAGCUCGGAAGCUGUAUGGGUCGGAGCCGGUUUGUCCAACGAUAACAAAAUGGGAGAUGAUUCGGUCAUCGAAUGUGUAAGGUCAAACGACGGAAGAGGGGUAGACGCAUUCAUGUCCUGGACUUCUAGAGCACCUUUUGCAGCAACGAGAUUGAGCAAUCCUCGCCUGGGAAUUCAGUUGCUGAAUGCCACCGUAUCUGAAGAUGGAAUGUAUUGUAAAGUAAGAAGAAAUACCGUUACAGUAGUCAAUGGAGUUACCUUCGACUUGAAUAGGAACGCUUUCUACGUAUUAAUAGGAGCUGGAUCUGAACUCAAAGGAGUUAAUUCCGUCGGCUUCCACAACCUAGCUUUCUUAGUGAGUCCCCAACCAGAAUCUUUGUCCGGAAACCCGUCGGCAGUACUUCCGAACAGGCCAGACAUGACCACUCCCCCAUACUACGUUCCAGAAGUUCAUACCGAAGCUUCUUCAAACUCCGAUCCCUUCUAUGAGGGUUGUGGAGUGAACAAACUCUGUUUCGGCGCACCUACAGAUUGUGUCAAGACCAGGAACUGUAAAGCAGUCACUGCGGUUAUAGUCAACGGCGACACGUAUGACUUUGAGCUCAAAGCCAAUGGGAAUGCAGCUUGGGUAGGCGUCGGAUUGUCUGAUGAUGACAAGAUGGGGCAAGACUCUGUGAUUGAAUGCGUUAAAUCAGGAAGUCGCAUUGUGCCUUAUAUGUCAUGGACUACUGCGAAACCUUACACUGCUCAGAGGUUAUCGAAUCCUCGCCUUGGUAUAGAACUGAUUAAUGCUAGUAUUGUGGAUGAUAGCAUCUACUGCAAAGUUAGAAGGAACGCUAUGACUACUGUUAAUGGAGUGACAUUCGACCUCAUAUCUAAUGAAUAUAAUUUGCUGGUGGCUUCUGGAUCUACAGUCGAAGAUAACUCUGUUGGAUUCCACAACUUGGUAUUCUUGGCAAGUGCAAGAGCACAAGCUCUCUCAGACAUAUCUGAACUGGAAGCUGCUUCCAAACUACUAAUACGUCUCCAUGGUUCCUUCAUGUUAGCUGCAUGGAUAGGAACAGCUUCCCUUGGUAUGUUGCUGGCAAGGUACUACCGUCAAACUUGGGUGGGAAGCACGAUGAUGGGCAAAGAUCUGUGGUUUGCCUGGCAUAGAACAUUGAUGGUUCUCACUUGGUGCUUCACGAUGGUUGCUUUCGUGUUGAUUUUCGUCGAACUAAAAGCCUGGUCAGCAGAAAAUAACCCUCACGCCAUUCUGGGCACUGUAACUACGAUUCUGUGUUUCUUCCAACCCAUCGGGGCUUACUUCAGGCCACAUCCUGGUACAUCGAAACGAUCUCUCUUUAAUUGGGCACAUUGGCUUAUCGGAAAUGCUGCCCACAUAAUAGCAAUUGUGACCCUCUUCUUUGCUGUGAAGUUGACUAAGGCAGAGCUACCUGUAUUUGUGGAUUAUAUUUUGGUAGUAUAUGUAGUAGUUCAUGUCAUUUCGCAUCUGGCACUCUCGCUGAUGAACUGCCUUUCUGAGAAAUCCCUCGAGAGUAAGAUAACCUCUUUUCCCAUGAAGGACAUGUCAGGGUCAGGGAGAGGUUCUGCUUAUGGAGAGCGUAGUAUGGAUGCACCGUUUGCUACGGGGAGGAAGCUAGUGCUGGGACUAUACAUUGUGAUAAUCGUGUUGCUGACUGUGGCCCUUAUUGUCGUGACAGCGUUGGCGCCAAUAGAAUCAACUUUGAAUUCUAUUAUACCGGCAUCUAUGAAAUCGAAUUGAAAACAACGAAAUGGGUAACGAAAAAUAUUGGGGAGAUGGCGAAGAUUAGUGAUGAAUGUAAUAUCAAGUUACCAGCCAAACUCGUAUUUUUUUAGUAUUGUUUAUUUACAUCAGGUGAGAUGAACUUUUGCGGUCGAAUGGGACUCGAAACAAUAUUUAUUUAAUCUCUUAAAAUGAAUUAUUUUUGUCCCUAUUCAUCAAUCUUGAGAUGAACCAUCAAGUAUUAUUAUCAACCAAACAAACCGAAAGUUGUGUUCUGGUAUCUGUCCGCCUUUCUAUGUAUUAAUAUUUUUCCAUCGAAACGUGCCUGCCUUAUUUUACAAUGAAUUGAAAGUACCUUUUUGUGUAUCAAUGGUGAUUUUUCUGACUGUAGCAAUCGUUUUUAAUUUUAUAAUACUUUAUAUAACAAACCGUUUAUUCAUGAAUGGUGACAUAUUGUUUUUAAUAAAUGUUUAG